GGCCUAUACUACUAAUACUUCCUGUCUAAACGCAAGAGCUCUACACUAAUACUUAAAUUUACAUUCUAGGGGAGGGAAUCGAUAAAAGAUGAAAGGAAAAUAAAGCCAAAUAAUAAGAAAGCCACACCGUCUCAGUUUGGAACAUGGUGGAGCCUGCUAUCAUCCAGCUAUAACAUCUCUAGCAGUCUUGCUCCUUUUCUGUCAGCUUUCAUUGUUCUCAAUUUCGGAUGGCGAGCAAGUGUUUUAUUCGCAGGAAGCAUUUCUGUUUUGAUGGCAAUAUGGUUCCUUCUUUUCUCCGUUGUUUCAUCCGCCAAUAUUCCACCUCAAACCUCUUGCUCCACUGCAUUUGAAGAGAGAAAGAUUGAAAAGCAAGCAACAAUUCAUUAUUUAUUGUCCGAUCCAUUUAUGUGGUUGUUAUCUUUGUGCUUCAUGACUGUAAUCUGCGCCAGGUCCACAGCCGUCGACUGGGGGCAGGUUUACCUCAUAAAUGAAAAGAACCAGUCCCAGUAUGUAGCCAGCGCUUUUAUAAGUAGCGUGGAAAGCGGAGGUUUUCUCGGAAGAAUUGCAGCUGGAUUUCUGACUGAUUGCAUCAUUCGUGCCUCCAGAACGAACCAACAGUGUAAGCCAAAUUUACGCUUGAGAGUUGCUAUUAUUUUUAUGCUGGGAAAUCUUUUGUUCAUUCAUCUUCUACAGGUCACUAUUUCUGAAAGUUCAUCCAUGAUGUGGAUCAUCUUCACAGGUUUCGCUUUGGGGAUGAAUAUUUACGGUUGCAUAGUGCUCUUCCAAAUAGCAGCAUCAGAAUCAGCUCCACCCCAUCUCAGCGGAUCUGCAAACGCUAUCGUCUCUUUGUUUGGGAAUGUUGGAGCGAUAAUAUCAGGUUACCCCUUCAGUUUCAUAGCAGAGUAUUACGGAUGGUCCAGCCUUUUCUUUGCUUUAGAAAUUGCAGUGGCAUUCAUUAUACCUAUUAUGCUCUGGAACAGGAAUCUUAAAUCAAAAUAUAGUAUUGUGAAGAAAAAUGUAUAAUUUUAUUUAUUAAUAAAUUAUUCUUUUAGA